AUGACCAUAUUAUGUUCUAAAUUGAAGAUAAAAUGUGAAGAGCUGAAAACCAAUUACAAUCCUACCAAAAAAUGCCAUUUUGUUCUUUUUAGAAAUGCUACUUGGCCUUUCAUCUAUCUAAUCAAACCCUAUAAUAAAUUACAAGAAAAUCUUAAUGAAAGGAUUCAAACAGUAAAAAUACUCUCUGAAGGGAAAAUCCAAGUGUUGAAUGUCAAUGAUAUGAUUUGUAAUGGAACCACCGUCCUGGCUUCUGAAAAAAUGGAAUUAUGCAAGAUUGGCACUAUAGUUCUCAAAGAUCACAUGGAAUAUCAAAUUAUCAAAAAUGAUGAAAAUAUAUGGGAAAACUUUGUCUUUCAUUACUCUAAAAACUAA